GAGAUGCACAGAGGCGAUGGGCGGCGGGGGGCGGCAGUAGUCAGGACGCAGAGACGUGGUGCGAGACGAGGCCAGCAGGGCGGGAAUGUGUCCCGUGCUGCGUGUGCUGUCUGGGCGCGAGGUGGGCCUGCUAUGCGUAUCAUUCCUGACCAGCACAACCCGCCAGGACUGUGGUGCAGGCCAGGCCAUCUCAUGUCAUUCUUGGCCAUAGCGCUGAUUAAUGAGGGAGUGGGUGCGAGUGUCAUCAGGUGUUUGUCUCUCUUGGACCUGUGGCAUGUGCAUUGUUAUCAUCACACUCUUGUCCUGCCCAGGCUGUGUACUGAAGUGAAGGGCUGACCAUUCAGAUGGCAGUGCCGAGUUGAGGAGUAAUUGGUGUCUGUCAAGGAGUGAGCGGAGAACCAUCGUGUGUUUGGCGUUGUGUGUGUCUAGGUCAGGGAGUGUGCACCACCACCACCGCACCCCUCACCUGCCCUGGGUGUGACAAAGACCUCAACCCUCACAUAAAAAUGUUCAGUCAGGGAUUGAAUGCCUAGAAGAGUAACUGGAACGCCAUCAUGAUGACAGCACUAAUACCAUUCAGAGCUUUGAUACCCUGGGGAAUGCUGUAAGAAGCUGGUAGGCCUGCAUAGUGAAUUUACAUGAGCAUGACAGGCCAGCAGGAAACCUAGGCCUGGAUCUCAAGCAGGAUUCACUGAGUGCAUUGACAUUUUCCGUAUGUAUUUUAAAUUUCAGUGAAUAAUAACAUUAAAAAACAGCAAAAUGUCUCCAAGAGCUUGUUUACCACUCAGUGUGAAACUGAAACUCUUGGCUGAUCAAGAGAAAGGAUUUGGUCCCAAGUGUUUAAUGAAAAAGUACAACAUAAAGAAAUCAACAUAUUAUCGAAUACUUAGUGAGAAGGAAGCAAUAAGAAAUUUUGCCCUCAGAAGUGAGUUUAAAAAUAAGCUAGAAACAGAUGAAGAAGAGGGAGAUAACCAUCCUGGAAAUGUUGAGAAUGAAGUAAAACAAGAAAUUAAAGAAGAUGAAAGCCAAGAGGAAAGGCAGUGUGAUACACCACAGUCUUUUGAAGGUGUUAAUAAGGCAGUGAUGCAAUGGUACAGUGAAAAGGAGGCAGAAGGUGUGGAAGUGAACAAAGCAGACAUUGAUGAAGCUGCCGAACAGCUGGCACAGAAGUUGGGCUUCACAGACUUCAAACUGAAUAGCAGUGGCUGGCCACUCAGAUUUAGGAAGGCCCAGAGCAUUGUGAAGACACCCAGCACUGAAAAUGUGAAUGAUGAGGAGAAAGAGACACCUAAACCAAAAGUAAGGAAAGACCUUAGAAUACAAGAUCAAAUAACAGCCUUUCAACGACUCCAAGCUGGAGAGACUGCACAACGGAUUGCUGACGACCUGGGUGUGAGCAAGUCAACAAUCCUCAGGGUCAAAAAGAGACUUAAGGAUACUCUUUUUACACCGUCAUUGGAUCCAAAAUAUCAGAUUAGGGUUGAAAGCCUGAAAACCAGAAAAAAAAAUGAAAGUGCAGUAAAAGAAAAAUUAAACUUUUGUAAAGAAGAGAACAGCAUGUCAGAGACUUCACAUGACUCUGAUAGUAAUAAGGAAUCUUUGUGGGCCUCCAUAGAACAAAGGAAAAGGCUAAGAUGCAUAAAAAAUGGAAUGUCAAAUAAAGAAAGGGGUCUAAAUCAGGAAGAGAAAAUUGAGGCCAUUGCUCAGUAUAAAUCAGGAAUCACAGUAAAAGAGAUUGCACGUAACUUUGGUGUGAGUAUCUCAACUAUCCAACGUGUCAAGAAGAAAUUUUCAAAAUCUCACAAAAUAUCGAUGAAGAAUUAUCUGAAACUUGAACAGAAAGUCAAUGUCUUAGAACGGCUUGAUGAAGGUGAAAGCAUAGUGGAAAUUGCAGAUGAUUUAAGAGUGAAUGAGACUACCAUUAGAAGUAUUAAGAAGAAUAAAAUAAAAAUCAUGAAUGUCUAUAGGGCUAGUUUAAGCUCAAUAGGUUUGCCUUUAUCUCCGCCCCAAAAAAUAGUAAGUGUGAAUGAGAAAAUAGAGGAAAGACUGUUGGCCUGGAUUAAUGACAUGAAGCAGAAGAAGAUGCCAUUGAGCACUGCCAUGAUCCAGAAGAAGGCACUCAUGAUCCAGGUAAACAUUGCACAAGAGGAAGGCAGCUCCUCCUCUCAGACCUUCACUCCCACUAGGGACUGGCUAGACACUUUCAAGAGACAACACGACAUCCAGCAAAUCAUAGAUGAAGACAGUGAGUCAGGAAGUGAUUCAUAUGAUGAGAGGUACUGCAAGGCAGGUCCAAAGUCAAUGAAGAGACGCAUUAUUGGACACAAAAAAGGUCAUGGUCCAUUCAAUUCUACACAGCACACCUCUGCGCCCCCUGAAGUGGGCAUGAAGCUGAGCCAGUUUGCUGCUGGGCUGCGAGAAAUGUACUUGGACAGCAGCCUGCCUGCAGACCCCUACAGGUGUAAUGUCUUCACUCCAAGAGUCCUUCUCAUACGUUCAGAAGAAGAAGAAGACGUUAUUAAAAAGUAUACCACACCAGAUGUGAAAAAUGAACCUGUAAGUGAAGAGGAGACAUGGUUAACUGCACACACUAAUCCAUACAGUGAUUCAGACUGGGAAGAAGAGAACUGGGAUACACAUUCCCUUACAGAAGUUGGUAAAUCAAAAGAUAGCGUAAGGAAAAAAAGGAAGAAAACAAGUAGUGAAUAUAACAAGAAAAGGAGAAGACUGUCAGAUGGAGAUAACAGUGAUGACAAAUCAGUUGCAGAUUACAACAGAAGUAAUUUUGUGAGUGUUCCUAUAAAGCAAGAACCACAGAGCUCAUUAGACUCAGUUCAUUCCAAUGUUCCAAUGGCUGUAUUACCUGCUGGCAGUACGUACGUUCCUCCGCUCCCCAUGUUCCAGAUGCAAGCAGGUGGAUUGACUGUAUUUAUGCCUGAGUCCCAGCAAAUGAUGAUGCAGCAUCCUAUUAACUACCCGCAUAAUAACUCUAGUGAAUUAUUUAUGAAUCAACAGCAAAUAAGAGGUCGGACUGUUGCAAGUAGCCCCUCGUGUCAGUUUAGUGAUAUUCAAAGUGAAGCAAGUGUUGAACCAAAUAUAAGGCAAGAUAAUGAAAAUAUGAUUGUGAUGCCCCUUGGAAGAGACCUUUGUGAGCCAGAAAAAUCCAGACAGUUUCCUUUAUCUCACCCAGACUCAGUUGUAUGUGAUUCUCUAGAGAAAGCUAAAAGAGACAGAGCAGCAGCUAUUGCAGAAAGUAUUGGAAAUACAGUAGAGGGAUCAUCAAAUAAGAUGCUUAGUGUCUUGACAUUUAAGUUAUUAGAAUUAAAUAACAAAAACCUAAUUUGUGAUGAAAGAAUUGAAAAAGCAAGAGAAGAUUAUGAAAAGACGGUAGCACAUAUUGAAGCAGAGAAAAAGAUAAAUGACAAGGAAAUUGAUAAAGUUCUGGCUGCUAUUCAGGAGUGGAAGGAAGCAAAGAGUCACUCGAGUACCUAGAGGCUGCAUGGGAUGGGAGUCCUGUGUAAUCAAAUUAUAUCUUGAAUCUUUCUGUUACGAUAUUCUGUAAAAAUAUACCAAGACUUUGUUUAAUAAUAUUUCUUAAUGUUCUGUGGAAAUAGUUAAUUCAGUUGUGAAUUAUUCUGACAGGCUGCAUUGUGGAGAUAAAGUUAGCAAGGACUUGAGUGAUUGAAGAUAAUAUAUAUAUAUAUAUAUAUAUAUAUAU